CCACCCCCACAGGUGAGUCCAUCACACUGCCCAACCUACGCACUCUCUCAAAAAUCUUAUGUCUCUACCCAAAACGGCCGCCUCGUCUCCUCCCGCUUCGUCCAAACCCUACCAAAGCCCCUCUCUGCAAUAACUCAAAGAUCACAUUUGUCUCUGCAAAUCUCUCUCUCUCUCCAUAUAUAUUUUUAUUUUUUGUGGGAGUAGUUUUAUUUGAAUCAAUGGCUUCUACGCCACCACAGUGUUCAAUCACGGCCAACAAACCAUACCAAAACCACCACCUGAAAGGCCAACACCAAAACCGCCACUAUUGGACCAAUACGGCCGCCGCCGCUGCCUCCGCCGCUUCUGCCCCCGCACACAAGGUCUCUCUCACAAAGCCUGUGCCUUUACCUUCACCUUCACCCUCAUCUCGCAAUGCACCAAAACCCUGUGCUACCCCCGCCCAGAACUCUACCUUUUCCUCUCUCUGCCCCCAGAAACCCGUGCUCUCCGCGGACUUCGCCGGCCGCCGAUCAACCCGCUUCGUCUCUAAGAUGCAUCUUGGCCGGCCUAAGGCCUCCUCCAUGGGCUCCCGCCACACCUCCUUUGCCGAGGAGGCUCUCACACACUUGAUCCAAUUAGGUAAUGAGGAUGAUAAAGGACUUGAAUAUGUGCUGCUUAAUUUUGAGUCCAAGCUUUCUGGUUCUGGUGACUAUAAUUUCUUACUUAGAGAGUUAGGCAAUAGAGGGGAUUGUUCGAAAGCGAUUCGGUGUUUCGAGUUUGCUGUGAGAAGAGAGAGGAGAAGGAAUGAACAGGGGAAAUUAGCGAGUUCUAUGAUUAGCGUUCUUGGCAGGCUAGGAAAAGUUGAGCUUGCUAGAAUGGUUUUCGAGACAGCGAGGAAUGAGGGGUAUGGGAACACAGUUUAUGCUUAUUCAGCUUUGAUUAGUGCGUAUGGGAGGAAUGGAUGCUGUGAUGAGGCUAUACUGGUUUUCGAGCUGAUGAAAAAGUUGGGGUUGUUGCCUAACUUGGUUACAUAUAAUGCUGUGAUUGAUGCGUGUGGAAAAGGGGGAGUGGAGUUUAGGAGGGUGGUGCAGAUUUUUGAUGAGAUGUUGAGAAAUGGGGUGCAGCCAGAUCGAAUUACAUAUAACUCGCUUCUUGCGGUUUGUAGUAGAGGGGGGUUGUGGGAGGUGGCUCGGAAUUUGGUUACUGAAAUGGUGGAAAGAGGAAUUGAUCAGGAUACAGUUACAUAUAAUACGCUUUUGGAUGCUGUUUGUAAAGGUGGGCAGAUGGAUUUGGCAGAUGAGAUUAUGUCGGAGAUGCCAGCAAAGAAUAUUUUGCCUAAUGUGGUGACUUAUAGUACUAUGGUUGAUGGUUAUGCUAGGGCUGGUAGAUUGGAAGAGGCACUGGGAUUAUUUAAUGAAAUGAAAUUUUUGGCUAUUCGUUUGGAUAGGGUUUCAUAUAACACUUUGCUUUCAAUUUAUGCGAAGCUUGGUAGGUUUGAGGAAGCUUUGAAUGUUUGCAGGGAGAUGGAGAAUUGUGGGAUAAAGAAGGAUGUUGUAACUUAUAAUGCUCUUCUGGGUGGUUAUGGGAAGCUGGGGAAGUAUGAUGAAGUUAGAAGAAUGUUUAGAGAGAUGAAAGCAGAACACGUUUCACCUAAUUUGUUAACCUAUUCAACAUUGAUUGAUGUGUUAUCAAAAGGUGGUUUGUACAGGGAGGCAAUGGAGGUCUUUAGAGAGUUUAAGCAGGCGGGGUUGAAAGCUGAUGUUGUUCUUUAUAGUGCACUUAUUGAUGCUCUGUGCAAAAAUGGUUCGGUUGAGUCUGCCAUUUCUUUGCUAGAUGAGAUGACAAAGGAAGGGAUCAAGCCUAAUGUUGUCACUUUCAAUUCCAUUAUUGAUGCCAUUGGUCGGUCUGCAGCUGCAGAAUGCUCAGUUGAUACUGCUGCUAGAGCUGGCAAGCGGCAUAUUGAAUCUCGAUCCUCAAUAAUUAUUGAGGAUGCCAUUGAAUCAGAGGUUGGACAUGAGGGGAAUAAUCAAAUCAUUAAGAUGUUUGGGCAGCUGGCUGCUGAAAAAGAAGUUAACAGAAAGAAAGGUAAGAGGGUCAGGCAAGAGAUCUUGUGCAUCUUGGGAAUCUUUCAGAAGAUGCACCAGCUAGAAAUUAAGCCAAAUGUUGUCACCUUUUCGGCUAUAUUAAAUGCUUGCAGUAGGUAUAAUUCAUUUGAAGAUGCCUCAAUAUUAUUGGAGGAACUACGGUUAUUUGAUAAUCAGGUGUAUGGUGUGGCCCAUGGACUUCUUAUGGGCUGUGAGGAAAAUCUAUGGGUUGAAGCUCAGUCUCUGUUUGAUGAAGUUAAGUUGAUGGACUCUUCAACUGCAUCUGCCUUUUAUAAUGCUCUCACUGAUAUGCUAUGGCACUUUGGUCAGAAAAAAGGGGCCCAACUAGUUGUGCUUGAAGGGAAGCGCCGGAAUGUUUGGGAGAGUGUUUGGUCUAAUUCUUGUUUAGAUUUGCAUCUAAUGUCUUCUGCAGCACGGGCAAUGGUUCAUGCAUGGCUGCUCAAUAUACGCUCUGUUGUGUUUGAAGGCCAUGAGUUGCCAAAGUUACUAAGCAUUUUGACGGGAUGGGGUAAACACAGCAAAGUAGUUGGUGAUGGCACGCUGAGACGGGCCAUUGAGGCACUCCUCGCCGGGAUGGGUGCACCAUUCCAUGUUGCUAAAUGUAACAUAGGUAGGUUUAUAUCAACAGGAUCUGUAGUGGCUGCCUGGUUAAAAGAAUCUGGCACUUUGAAUGUGCUUGUUCUUCACGAUGAUAGAAUACAUCCUGAUGGUGCAAAGUUGGAUCAUAUCGCCAAUUUGCAAGCACUCCCCUUGUAGCAUGUUGCUUUUUCUUGUAUGCCUCAAAACAUCUUUUGUGUAAAUUAUCAGAAAAAAAAGGAGAAUCAUUCUCUC